UCCGGACAUAUUUUUUGGGUUUGUAUCUCUUGCCCGGCGGCUUCGAAACCCUAAACCCUAAAUUUAGCUCCCGUCAAUCUCCAAUGGAGUCUCAAGCUAAGACGGAAGCUCCAGUUUUUGUAUACGAUACUCUUACCCCACUAUCUCUCUCAGAUUCGAAUCAAUCUCCGCCGUCAAAUCAAUCUCCAGAACCGCAUGAAGAUUCUCACCGCUACUCUGUCUUCCGCAACGAGAUUUCUGAUCUCACCGUCGAUACCACGCCGGUGGAAUCAGAAACGGUGGAUUUCUUCUCACUGGACGUCGACGGCGGGAUGAAUGAGAACGGCGGCGAGUUAGUGACGCCGUUUGUGAGGGCGAAGAAGAGCAGGAAGAGGAAGAAAGAAAUAGAAGCUGAGGAACGCAGAUUAGAGACUAACUGGUUUAGUGAGGAUAGCUUCUCUAAGAUCCCAAUGCUUCAAUUGCAUAAAGAGAUAGUAGAUUUCUCCGAUUUUUUGUCACCAACUCAAGAAGAGAAAGCGCAGCGUGAUGAAGCAAUGGACAAUGUUAGAAGUGUUAUUCAAUAUAUCUGGCCAAAUUGCAAGGUCGAGGUUUUCGGAUCAUACAAGACAGGACUUUAUCUUCCAACAAGUGAUAUUGAUGUGGUCAUUCUGGAAUCUGGUAUCAGUCCUCCACUAGGUCUAAAAGCACUCCGUAAGGCAUUGUCGCGAAAGAAAAUUGCAACGAAUAUUGUGGUGAUUGCUAAGGCUCGUGUACCAAUUAUCAAGUUUGUCGAGAAGAAAAGCAAUAUUUCGUUUGAUCUAAGUUUUGAUAUGGAUAACGGACCAAAGGCAGCUGAGUUUAUACAGGAUGCUGUAUUAAGGUUUCCUCCUCUACGACCAUUAUGUUUAAUUUUGAAAGUAUUUCUACAGCAGAGAGAACUCAAUGAGGUGUACAAAGGUGGAAUUAGUUCAUAUGCACUUAUAGCAAUGAUCAUUGCAUUUCUCAAGUACCUCAAGGAUGGUCGAAGCCCACCAGAGCAUAACUUAGGAGUUCUAUUGGUUAAAUUCUUUGAUUUUUACGGGCGAAAAUUAAACACCGCAGAUGUAGGUGUAUCUUGCAAAAAGGGAGGUUCUUUCUUUUCAAAGUCCGACAAAGGUUUCCUGAACGAUGCUCGGCCAGGGCUCCUCUCUAUCGAGGAUCCACAGGCACCAGAGAAUGAUCUUGGCAAGAGCUCAUUCAACUAUUAUCAGAUUCGAUCAGCCUUUGCAAUGGCUUUGUCUACUUUAACAAACGCGGAAGCUAUUCUAGCAUUAGGACCAAACCGAAGCAUUCUCGGCACAAUAAUCAGACCAGACCGGCUCUUGUUAGAGCGCAAAGGUGGGAAAAACGGGGACGUCACUUUUAACAGCUUGCUUCCCGGAGCAGGAGAGCCAUUGCCAAUGGCGAGUAACGGUAAAAGCAAUGGCGGGCUUUUCUGCAAUUGGCAACUCGAAGAAGACGAGGAAGGCUCGUUCCCAAGAGGGAACACUGCGAAUGGAGACAUUACUCCAGUAAGAGUCACUCCUGCUAAGAACACGAUCAAAAACGCUGCUCGAAAGAAGAGGAGGCAGAGGCUGAAGAGCAAGAUGAAGAUGUUGGAUGGAGAGGAAAAAGACGAGGAAGGCUCGUCCCCAAGAGGGAACACUGCGAAUGGAGACAUUACUCCAGUAGUAGUCACUCCUCGUAUGAGUACGAGCACGAGCAAAUACGCUGCUCGAAAGAGGAAGCAGAAGAUGAAGAAGAAAAUGGCAAAGGAAGAAGAAAAAGAAACGAGUUCGAACAAAAGACGACGGAAGAAUGAGUCUGAAGCAUGAAACGGCGGCGACUAAUGCUGGCCAAUUCAGCUGAAGCUACUAAAGAAGUCUUUUUCCAUUGAAACCAGAAAGCUUCUGUCUCGGAUAGAGGCUUUCGGUGUAAAUUAUAAUUUGGUAAAAACAGAUCUAAUGCUGUUGUAACAAAUUAAAAAUUUACCAUCAGUUUUGGGUAGGAUCUAAAAUUAAAUGAUGUCAUUUUUCAACAAUUUUGGUAUUGCUCUGUUUAGUUUUUAUUUUUGUUUA